CAAGGUCUCCUGUCAAUAACAAGAAUGAGUUCUUCAAGAGACUUUGUAGAAUCAUAUGUCAAAGAUAUCAGUCAAGAUACUGAAGCUUACUUGGCACAACAACAACCAAAUUAUGAUGCAGCCAAAACGGCAAGUAUAGCAACGCCACCACCUACACAAGCAACAAAACCUGAUCAACAAAAAGAAGAAAUACAACCUACCUCCCAAUUCUCUUUCCAUAAAGCAACCACUAAUCCAAUGGCCUCAGAAAAUGACUCUAUUCCACAACAACAACAACAACAACAACAACAGGAACCUAAAGUGGUAUGGACUGUGCGUGACUUUACAGAUCAACGACAGGAAAUUCAUGAUACAGCUUUAGUGAAUUGCUCUGAUUUACAUAUUGACUUGAUGCAAUGUUUUCAACAUGGUAGCUGGUGGGACAAGGCCAAGAUGUGUGAAGAUCAAAAACAACGCUUUUGGAAGUGCUUUCAUUCUCAAAAGAAUUUCUUGAAAGCUGCCAAUUACAAGGGACCUAUCAGUACUCCUGAAGAAGAUGAUACGGUUCUUAUGCAAGCAAUCAAAUUACGUGAUCAACAAGACGCUGCUGAUACUACCAAAGAAGACCCCAAUAAGCACACAGAAUCUUCUUGAAAAUGUGAUGAUCGUUUAGUUAGUUUUUGUAUAUAGAAUUGUAGAUUAGAUGAACUCAAUAAAAAUAUCCCCUUAUAUUGAAUGACACUGUUUAUUCUAUGUAUAUUAUCCAAUGACAAUCACUUUUAUCUUUCGAUUAUCAUUUCGGAAUAAGGUCCGCGCCCUCAUUUGU